AUGGCGCAGGCCGCAAGGUUGAGUUUACGAAUGCAAAAGGAAGUGAAGCUGCUUCUCACUGAUCCACCGCCGGUAUUUCAAGGACCACAUGGAACUGUUUAUACCAAUGGUGUCUUUAAGAUCAAGAUCCAAAUACCGGAGAGGUACCCAUUUCAACCGCCAGUUGUGACCUUUGCUACACCUAUAUACCAUCCGAAUAUAGAUAAUGGUGGUCGCAUUUGCUUGGAUAUCCUCAAUCUCCCUCCUAAGGGCACUUGGCAGCCAUCUUUAAAUAUUUCAACUGUCUUAACAAGCAUUGGAUUCCUCCUAAGUGAACCAAACCCUGAUGAUGGUCUCAUGCAUGAAGCGAGUAGAGAGUAUAAAUAUAACAGAGAAGCUUUCAACCAGAAAGCAAGAUCCAUGACUGAGAAAUACGCCAGAGUUGGAGAAAGUGGAAGUUGUAGUGGCAGCCAAUUUCAGACAGGUCCAAGCACCGCACAACUGCAGACUGAAACACAAGGACAGGAUGCAUCUACAUGUACCGAGCGCUUUGAGGGAUUCAAAGGAAGCGGAAGCAAGCUCUCACUUGGAUCUCUGCAAUCAAAAAGCAAUGAGAUAUACAGUGAGGGUUCUGAUAAAUCAAAUGCCAUGCGGAAUAAAUUGUCUUUACCUGUUCCCCUUAGUAGAAAUCUUAUGAGCCUGAAAAGUCAGUAUUCAUCCGUGUGGGAUGCCAAAACUACUACUACUGAUACUUCCGAGUCCUUGCCAUCAAUUACAGGUGGCAAAAACAGCAGCAUAAGUGUUGGCAAAGAAGAGCAAUCCUUAACCUUUGACAAAGUGGGCCCAUGUAGAGAUUUUGACGAGAAAGAGAACCUACCUCUAACAGGCCAAUCAAAUCUGCUUGGGGCCUGCAGUGACAAUAAUCCUGAAAACCAAUCAGGCCAUCUUUUCGAAUUUCUGCACGUGCAAAAUAGUAUAGCUGAGGACGUCAUUGUGUUGGAUAGUGAGGAUAGCGAAGAUGAGAAAGUACGAGUGAGGUCCAAGUUGUUGCAGUCAAGAAGAUGCUUGCCAAGGAAGCGUAAAGGAAAUCUAGCUUGA